AUCCAGGGAACAUCCGGUUGGUUGGCGGAGCCAGCCGGUGUGGCGGCACUCUGGAGAUGAGACACUGGGGCGAAUGGAAACCACUGGACGAACCGGACUGGAACCUGAGCUCAGGGUUCUGGCUGGACCGUGUUCAGUCUUCAGCAGUCGGCUCGGCCCAGGUCCAGCUGGUGGGGGGGGUCAGCGACUGCUCCGGCAGGCUAGAGGUGAAGCGGCAGGCGGACUGGGAACCAGUCCAGGACCAGAACUCGGACUGGAACCUGACGGCAGCAGCGUCCGUCUGCAGGAGGCUCAACUGUGGUUCUGCCAUUUCCCUGCGAAGAACCCGGGACCGUUUGGACUCGGCAGCCCCUAUGUUGGACCUGUUGAAUGGGUUCAGCGGCACGCAGAGUGACGUGUCCUCCCCUUUCAGAGUAGAGAUCACCUGCUCAGCUCCCGACCACCUGAGGCUGGUGGGCAACAGCAGCACCUGUGCAGGUGAGCUGCAGAUGCGGCUGCAGGGCGAGUGGAGGCCGGUGCUGGACUCGGAGUGGACCUGGAGCCGGUCGGCGGCGGCGGCCGUCUGCUCUCAGCUCGGCUGCGGUUCUGCCGUGGCAGCGAGCCUGAACGACAGCGGCUCGGACCGGCCCGUGUGGUGGAUCAGGUCCUCCUGCUUCCGGACCGCUGCCGCCCUGCUGAGCUGCGUGGUUCUGGGCGGAGAGGGCGAGCACUACCACAGCCUUCAGGUGGUCUGCUCAGACCUCCUGGCCCGUCCCAGCAUCUCCGUCUCUUCGCCCACCGGCGCCGUCCAGCAGCAGCAGCAGAAGGUUCUGGUUCUUCUGGGCUCCAACUUCAGCAUCACCUGCUCCGUCAGGCCUCAGUAUCCAGGAGGCGUCUUCCAGCUCGUCUUUACCUCCUCCGGCGCCGAGCGGACCUUCACCCGGCCGGCCGUCGGACACUCGGCCACUUUCCCGUUUGCUGCUGCAGGAAGCCUCCACCGGGGGGCGUACGCCUGCGUCUACCGCCUCCGGGCUUUCUCCUCCAACUUCUCCUCCGCCAGCCGGCCCGUCCUCCUCGUCCCCUCAGCUCCUCUCAGCGAGCUGCUGCUCAGACUCGUGGUCCUGCUGCUGGCGGUGGUCGUCCUCGUGGCCGCGCUCUGCUGCUGCUCGCUGUCGACGGAAACCAGCAGCAGGAAGAAACGUCGUCGCUGA